AUGGCUGCAACUCAAACAUCCUACGAAGGAGAGUUUGUUUAUUUCGAGAAAGAAAGGGAACGACUGGUGGCAGAGAUUACCUCAACGUUUGAAGAUCUACUCUCGUCAUCCAAUUUGCUCAACAGGAAACUUGAAGAGGUUCUGGGUGUCGGAAGGGAAUUUGAAACGAUAUCUUCGCUGUGGGGUAAAUUUCAUGAUUUCAUGCGAGAGCAAGAUACCGUGGAUGUAGCACUAGAAGAGAACAGUAUCAGGAGUAGCACUUGA